AUGAGGAUCAAUAUAUUUGUCACUUUAUUGUUUUUGUUCAGAUCUGAAACUCUAGCAAUAGAUGAGGAAUGUUAUAUGACAGUGCCUGAAAUUGGCAAGCGGUUUGGCUAUGACUCGGAGGUUCAUUUGGUUCGAACAACAGAUGAAUAUAUUUUAGAGCUUCACAGAUUUCCGUGCAAAAAUAAUGAGAAAUGCGAUACAAAGUCAAAACGUCCAAUUGUAUUUUUACAACAUGGUCUGCUAGCAGAUGGAUUUUCAUGGAUUCCAAAUUUGGCUAAUCAAUCAGCUGGAUUUGUUUUUGCCGAUGCAGGGUUUGAUGUGUGGAUUGCCAAUAGUCGGGGUACUCCAGCAUCACAAAAGCAUAUCGGAUAUGGUCCAGAAAAUCAGAAAUUCUGGAAUUUCACAUGGCAACAAAUGUCUGAAUACGAUUUGACUUCGAGUGUUGAUUACGUCUUGAAAGAGACAAAACAAAAGUUUUUAUACUAUUUGGGACAUUCUCAAGGAACUAUGAUCAUGUUUUCAAGACUUGCUGAAAACCCUGAAUUUGCCAAAAAGAUUCGACAUUUCCAUGCUCUUGCUCCAGUUGCUACCGUAUCACAUAUCGGUGGGCUUUUCGGAUUGUUUGGUAAACAGUUUCUGACUUACGCAGAAAUUCUUCUUGGACGUCUACCGUAUUCUCCUCUCUCCAUUCCUAGACCUAUACAAAAAAUGAUCAGUUACAUGUGCAGUAAAUUCCUGAUGCAAAGCAUUUGCACUCUGGAUAUUGGAUUUAUUGAUGGAAAUGAGAAACAAUUUAAUCAAUCCAGAGUUGGAGUCUACCUUUGUCACACUCCUGCAGCUACUUCGGUGAAAGAUCUUCAGCAUUGGAUUCAACUUGUUGAAUCUCAAAACGUGGCCAAGUUUGACUAUGGGCCGGUUGGGAAUCAGCUAGAGUAUGGACAGCCGACCCCUCCUGUUUAUGAUCUGACACAGAUUAAAACUCCAACUUAUCUAUAUUGGAGUGGGGAUGAUAUUUUGGCUGAUACUCAAGAUAUACGUGACUCGAUCUUAUCGAAAAUGAACAAAGCGAUUGCCGGAUCUAUUGAGCUUCCUCAUUACAGUCAUAUGGAUUUCGUGUUUGGAAUCAAUGCUGCAAAGGAUUUAUAUCCGGGAAUAAUAAAGACCAUUCAAGACGAUUUCGACAAGUACCGCAUUUCUCAAAUGCACAAGCUGAACAAGUAUUUUUAA